CUGAGGACAGGUGUCCCUGCUGGAGUGUGGUUCCAGAGCACGUUGCAAGCGGAAGUGCCCUUUCCCUUUCAGGCUGGCUUCCCCCAAGGCCCACGCCCUCUUCUGAGGUUUAAGGAACUCAACUGCACUUUGGACCGCAGAGGCCCGGCGGUGGCCCAGCUUCUCCUCGGGCGGCUCAGAAGGAGGCCGCUCUGUGCUCCCCACGAAGGGGUCCUCAGUGCGCCCCUGGUGAUGGAAGUCGGCAUUUGCAUUUCUUAGGAAGUUUCUCCCUGGACCAAGAUGACUGAUGGACAUCCUCCCAGCUCGACCAAUGGCGUAGCCUCGGUGGGUGUUCAGGAUGGCCAGCCCGGAAGCUCCCUUCGGAACCUGCGCCCUCGGACCCUGCAGGCGCCCGAGCCCAGGCCCAAGCUGAAACUUGGUGCUUUGGAAGACCGGCACAGCCUGCAGUCGGUAGACUCGGGCAUCCCGACCCUGGAGAUCGGCAACCCGGAGCCUGUGCCCUGCAGAGUGGUGCCCGUGAGGAGGAAGCAGUCGGAGGCCGAGGUUGUGCCCGAGCGGCCCUUCCAGAGUGCCUGUCCGCUGCCGUCCUGUGCGCCUCCAGCCGCUGCCAGCACCGCGCGGGAGCAGAGCGUGCGCAAGUCCUCCACCUUCCCCAGGACGGGCUACGACUCGGUGAAGCUGUACAGCCCCACUGGCGGCCAGGCCCUGAGCCGCAGCGAUGAUAUCUCCCUGUGCAGCGUGUCCAGCCUGGGCACGGAGCUGUCUGCCACAUUGUCACUUAGCAAUGAGGACAUCCUGGACCUCGUGGUCACCAGCAGCUCCAGCGCCAUUGUGACCCUGGAGAAUGACGAUGACCCGCAGUUCACCGAUGUCACCUUGAGCUCCGUCAGGGAGUCCAGGGAUCCACUGCCGCAGGGCUCUGCCCAGGACACCGAGGAGGGGAGCAGGCUGAGGAUCCUGGGGCCGCUGAGCGACUUCUUCACGAGGAAUUUACUUGCUAGAAAACACAGUGCAAGACUUGACAAACACAGUGACUUGGGAUGGAAGUUAUUUGGAAAAGUACCGCUCCGAGAGAAUGCACAGAAAGAGUCAAAGAGAAUACGAAAGGAAUAUGAAGACAAGGCUGGAAGAGCUAGCAGGCCGCCCUCCCCCAAGCAGAAUGUGAGGAAGAACCUUGACUUUGAGCCACUGUCCACCACGGCGCUCAUCCUCGAGGACAGACCAGCAAACCUGCCCGCGAAGCCCGCCGACGAAGCGCAGAGGCACAGGCAGCAGUACGAGGAGAUGGUGGUGCAGGCCAAGAAGCGAGAGCUGAAAGAAGCUCAGAGGAGGAAGAAGCAGCUGGAGGAAAGGUGCAGAGUGGAGGAGAGCAUCGGCAACGCCGUCCUCACCUGGAACAAUGAGAUCCUCCCCAACUGGGAGACCAUGUGGUGCUCUAGGAAGGUUCGAGAUCUGUGGUGGCAAGGAAUCCCUCCAAGCGUCCGAGGCAAAGUCUGGAGCUUAGCCAUCGGCAACGAGUUAAACAUCACCCACGAGCUCUUCGACAUCUGCCUGGCCCGAGCCAAGGAGAGGUGGCGGUCGCUCAGCACAGGAGGCCCUGGCACUGACAGCGAAGAUGCCGGCUUUUCUGCGGCGGACAGGGAGGCCAGCCUGGAGCUCAUUAAGCUGGACAUCUCGCGGACAUUUCCCAGCCUCUGCAUCUUCCAGCAAGGCGGCCCGUAUCAUGACAUGUUGCACAGUAUUUUGGGCGCUUACACUUGUUACCGACCGGAUGUGGGUUAUGUCCAGGGCAUGUCCUUCAUAGCAGCCGUGCUGAUCUUGAACCUAGACACGGCAGAUGCCUUCGUGGCCUUCUCGAACCUCUUGAACAAGCCCUGUCAGAUGGCGUUCUUCCGUGUGGACCACGGCCUGAUGCUCACUUACUUUGCCGCGUUCGAGGUGUUCUUUGAGGAAAAUUUGCCGAAAUUGUUUGCUCAUUUCAAGAAAAACAACCUGACCCCAGACAUCUACCUGAUCGACUGGAUCUUCACCCUGUACAGCAAGUCCCUGCCCCUGGACCUGGCCUGCCGCGUCUGGGACGUGUUCUGCCGGGACGGUGAGGAGUUCCUGUUCCGCACGGCCUUGGGCGUGCUCAGGCUGUUCCAGGACGUCCUCACCAAGAUGGACUUCAUCCACAUGGCCCAGUUCCUGACCCGGCUGCCCGAGGACCUGCCCGCCGAGGAGCUCUUCGCGGCCGUUGCCACCGUGCAGAUGCAAAGUCGCAACAGGAAGUGGGCUCAGGUUCUGACAGCCCUGCAGAAGGACAGCCGGGACAUGGAGAAGGGCAGCCCAGCCCUCAGGCACUGAGGCCAUGAGAGCCAACCUCCACAUGCACCUGUGCAGCUUCGUGCGGACACCUGGCGGCGGCGAACAGGGGUCCUUUGCAUUGCACUCCUAACAGGGAGUUGGCCUUAAAAACAAACCAACAGAACUCUUAAUGCCAGGGUUAGCCUUAAGCAGCUCAGUGGACCGACGCCCGGGCAUUGCCAUGGCCAGCCACUGCGUUUCCGCAUGGGUUGAAGACGGCAGCAGGUGACUCGCCCUCUCUGUCAGCGGAAGUGAAUUAAAUCGUAAUGCUGUCUGUCAAGUGCCAGGAGGUACAUUACCAUCUGUCUUAGCCAGGGUGCCCGAGGAGACGUGUGGUUGACGCGUGUUGGCGUAGGGAAGAGGGGGAUCGCUGCUGGAGCGUCCGAAUGGACGGCUUGUAGUUCAAGCCCGUCCAGCAAGGACUGCCUUCCCGGGCCCGGGGCUAUCCUGGGCCAGUGGUGGCCGCGUGCUCGCGGCUCCAGGAGCUGAGCUCACCUGCGUGGUGCCCUGUUACCACGUUGCCUUGAUGCCAUUCCCCACUGGAGGCUGGAGAUCCACACGUCAGCCCCGGGGGGACCUGCUCGGCCGAGGGGAAGGAACACGGGGCCUGCCCCUCACCACUGCUGGUUCCCGUGGCGGCGGGGGUGCAGCGCAGCUCUGGCAGCUGUGGGGGCCUGUGGGGAAGGCGGGAAUGUCCCUCCGUGCCUCUGUCCCCUGGGUGGCCAGGCCAGUGAUUCCUCGCUCACGUGUUGGGCUUCCAAAUCCGAGCUGCCCCAGGGCUGCACAGGAGGAGCGGCAAGUGGUGCGGGGCUGAUUGCCCGUGGCUGACUGCUCCUGAGGCUUGUGUCCGUGGGACAGGGACAGGGGUCUAUUCCUGCUGUGGCCAGUUGUCCCUGUUCGCUUGGCAAUAUUCUUGGGCAGCUUUUUCUCGGCUUGUGCUGAGAGCUCCGUGUUCUGACUGUGGUCACCCCAGUUCAUGGGAACGGAUGGCUUGUGCCCAGGAUGGUCUGCAGGACAGACUGGCAUUGCAGAAGCAGGCAUCUCUGGGAGUGCCAGCAGGCCAUGCCAGAGGGCAGUUGGCCGUGGGGGUGGGGCUGUCCCUCUAUGCGCCCUGCACCCUGAGGCCUCUCUUGGCCAUCCUCCAUCUCCUGGUGCCUGCAUGUGGUGGACAGCUGUCCUUGCCCUGCCCAGCCCUUGGACACCCUGCACUCCCUGACACUCUGGGAGUCCUGUCACCACCACCCCACCCCUCUGCCCCACGAAUUUCCCAGGGAUCGUGUGGGCACCUUGGAGUCAGCCUCCAGAUCCACCAUCCCUGACGGCUGAGGGAGCCUGGCCACGGGCAGCCAGCCAGCGAGCCCUGGCGAUUGCUACUGGCUGCUGUACUUCCUUUUAUCUGCGAUGCGGCAUUCUGUUCUAGACAGAUGUAUAUAUUUUCUUACUGAACAUAGACGCUCCUCACAGCACCCAGAGGCCACCAGCCAGCGGCCUGGGACCACUUGCUCACCGGAGGGCUGCAGGCAACCGGCUUGUGCUCAAACCCUGCCCUCUGCGCUUCUGUCCAGCUGAGGGCACGUCCUUGGAGGACACCCACGGCAGUUAUGAUGGCUGGCAGGACCCAGUGCGGCCUGGCACACUUGGCUCACUGCCCUGCCUGUUGAGUGGGCGGUGUAUGGGACACUCCCUGCCGGGGCCAGAGGUGCAGGAGCCGCCGGGGGGCUGUGAGGUGCAGGCUGGGGCUCCCUGGUGCACUCCCCAUCCGUGUGCCCUCGGCAGGUCUGUCCUUGCUCCCCGCACCCUGCCUGCCACCAGCCUCGCGUGGCAGUGUCACUCCUUGACAGGCUGGUUUUCCUUUGGGACCGUCUGUAGUUGCUGACAGAGGACUCGGGAACACUCGCUACUUACCAUGUUUUAAUUGCCUGUACAGUUCACACCUGUAAUUGUAUUUAGUAAAGUGUAUCAAAAGUAGGACUUUUUGAAUUGUAAAUAUGUGGUUUUAUUAAAUAAAAGUCAUGUAAAUUGUU